AAGCAACUCUUUUGUCUGUAUCUUAGUUUUGGUUAUGACCUCAUCUUGCACGUACUUACAAAACCAUCUUUUGAAAUAUAGGGUUUCAUCAAAACAAGCGGUUUUUCUCAUAUAUCCUUAUAGCCAGCGCUGACCAUAAAUUUUUUACCAACCAAUCACUUCAUUUUCGUCUAAAACAGCAACUCCUCUCAUUUUCUUGACCAGUACUCCCAUCUGGUAAGGUGAAAUAGAAAGGCAACCAUACUACUUCAAUUUUGGAUUUAACCAAUUAACAAGCAAAUAAUUGGUUUGGUUAUUUGUCGUUAACAAUUGAUUUCUGAAGCAGAAGCUGAAAGCUAGGUGUUGAAGCGGUGAAGAAGUAAACUAUGGCAAGAGGGAAAAUCGCGAUCAAAAGAAUUGACAAUCCAGCAAGCAGGCAGGUGACGUUCUCAAAACGAAAAAGCGGCUUAGUGAAGAAAGCUAAGGAACUAGCUAUCCUUUGUGAUGCUGAAGUUGGUGUCACAAUCUUUUCCAGUACUGGCCGACUCUACGAAUACUCAAGUACCAGCUGUAUCAUUGGCUACCCCUCUGCUCAAUAUUUCUCGUUGCACAUUAUUGAAUCAGCAACUGCUUCAAACGCUGCCUUCUUUUUCACCUUUCUUUGAGCCGAGGGUCUAUCGGAAACCACCUCUCUACCUUCUCAAGAUAGGGGUAAGGUAUGCGUACACUCUACCCUUCUCAGGCCCCACUUGUGGGAUCACAUUGGGUUGUUGUUGUUGUUCAACUGCUUCAAACGAAUAUUCAGAAAUAUUCAGUUUAGCUGGGAUUCAAUUCUCCGAGACCCCCAUUCCAGACAAGAAUAAAAAAAGAGAAGCAUUUAUAGUACAAUCCUUCAACUUAAUACUCAACCACAUAUAUUGUUUAUUAGAGUUC